GACACAAGCAUCCAUAUCGAUUAAAACAUGGUCAUCAUUUACUGAAGCUGUUCUAAAAGUUUUUGGAUCAACAAAAAUACAAGAAUUAGCAUUCGAACAAUUAAAAUGGUACAAACAAACAGUUAAUCAACCUGUUAGGCAAUAUUAUGAUAAAAUUAUAGAACUGUGCAAAAAAGUUGAUCCAGCUAUGCUUGAUUCAUUGAAAUUAAAAUAUUUAAUGGCUGGUAUAAGAGAAUCAUUAAAAUUACAUGUUGCUUUACAGAAUCCAAAGACAACUAAUGCAUUUUUAUCGCUCGCCAGAAAAAUUGAAGAUACAUUAUCAUUUACUACUACAGAUAAUGAAAUGCAACAAAAUGAAAUUAACAUCAAUACUACCACUAUUCAAAAAUAA